GUUGUCAUUCAAACUGUGUGUCAAAAUUCUUGAAACAAUGGAAGGGCCACAUUCUUGGCGCCGAACUUGGAUGUUGAGCGAUCUGAGCUUGUCCUGAUGACACUCGAGACUUCAACCCUGCUUGAGCAAUCAGAACCGGUGUCCAAACAGCACUGCUUCGUUGGCAAGAUCGGCGCUCUUUUUUUCCUCGCUGCGCUGAUCGUUUUUUCUCUGUCACCAAGCAGUUCCGUGCCCAAAGAACCCAAAGAGCCACCGUCUGAGCCCGAGCCGCCUGCUUGGGACUCUGGACUUCGGCGCUUCGAAAAGCUUGUCGGACAUUCCCUGCCGCAAGACUUCUUGGAGCGGGCCAGGCGUGCCGGGCGGGGUGGCGACUCGACUCUCCAGACUCCCGCGGAGGCCUUGCGGCAGCUGCGCGUGGCGCGCACGGUGAAGGUGCAACGUCCCAGUGGCAUCGGACCGACGGAUCCGUAUCGAAUCACCCAAUGUGUGGGGACCAUCUAUGACGCGGCCAACUUUCUCGGCUGGGCCGCCUUGAAUAUCGACGCCCUCAGUAUCCGAGGCACUUGCCCAGACAAAGAAGGGGAUACCACGUGUUCGGCGAACACGGUGGGACUUCUCUUCAACCUCAUGUGGGUGGUCAACAAUGCGGCCCAGAUUGGAGUCUGGUGCGUGCGGAACUUCACGGAAAAUAGCACUGCCUCUCGAUCCCUGAUUUGCUUGGUGAACAUGGCUUUGUUCUUGGCUUCCACUUUACAAAUCACUUCCGAUGGACUGGCGGUGGCCGUGGACUGCAGCUACUUGCACUCCUCCGGCCUGGCGGAGUUCUUCAACGUUUCCACCGGGCCUCUGCCGCCCCGCCGGAUCGCACGACGUCCGUCCGGAAAGGACGGCACCGUCGCCCGACUCCCGGGACCUCCAUGGGGACGACGCCUGGAAGCGGACAUCGAGGCCAGGACUCGUGGCAACCAGUUGGGGGUUUGCUCCAUGAUCGUGAUGCAGUUGGUCAAUGAUUUGCCCUAUACUGGCGUCGAUGUUUGGGCUGCCGUCACGGAUUGUGGUAAUGCCAUGGAGGGAGGUCGGAGCGCCGAGGAUUUCAACGAGGAUUGCGCAUCGGAUGCUUUUAGCAUCGUGAGCGACCUCGUGAAUUUGGUGACGGACUUCUUAGUGGUGCUCAUCGCUUGCCCUGAGGAGCAACCCCCAAAGGAGCUUCCAUGCACCGGCGACUCCACUGAUAUUACCUCGAAUCUCUUCGCGAUUGGAGCUUGGGCUUUGACGAUUGACCAUGCGUGCAACGAAGAAAAUGAGGGGCACGAUUCUGUGACCUUUGAUAUCCCACCCUUGAGGUGAGGAUGUGCGAAGAAACCUCGUGAGGUGCCCAAUAACCACGCGGAGAAACCUCGUGUGGUGGGCCAGCGGUUUCGGCAUCCCUUUUUUGAGUCUAGUGGCUAUUGCACCCCUUGGGUACCAAGUGAGGUGCAGAACGGUUUGUCAACUAGAACAUCAUAAGCAUGAUACCUAGUUGUUUUACCAAGGUUGAGCCAAGCACUGAUGACCUUUCUC